UUCAUUUCUCUCCACAAGAACCCUAGCAAAACCCUAAUCCCCAAUCCCUAAAAUCCCAUAUUUCCCAUCACAUAAUGGCCAAAAAGAAAGCGACCCAUCAAUCCAAGGACACCACUAAACAAGAAGAACAACCCACCCACCACACCCACACCCACACCGACAAACCCACCUCCAACGCCGCCGCCGCCAUGGACGACGUGUCGUCGGAGAAGCUGGCCAACCUGAAGUCGCUGAACUCUCUGCUGCUGAAGGAGACGCUCGACCGGAGGCAGCAGGUGGAGGCUCUGGUGAAGGCCAAGGAGGGCUUGGAAUCUGAGGUGAGUAGGUUUGGGGAGGAGAAGAAGGCUCUGGAGAUUGAUCUGGGUGUAAAGAGUGAGGAGUGCUGCGGACUUGAGCUGGAGAAGAGUGUUUUCGGGGUUUUCGUGGCGGCCCAGAUGGCUGAGAUUGAGUUGAGGAAGAAGGAGAGGGAGGAGGAGGUUGAGGUUUUGAGGAGGGAGGUGGGUAGGCUUUUGGGCAGUGUUGAGAAUGAGAAGGGGAGGGUGAGGAGGGUUUGUAGGGAGAGAGAUUCGGUGAAGGGGGAUUUCGAUGGGCUUGUUGUCGAGGCGAAUGGCUUGAGGUUGAAGGUUGUGGAGAUGGAGAGGAGGGAGAGGUGUGUGGGGGAGGAAGUGGAGAGGGUGAGGAAGCAAUGCCGGGGGUUGGAGGAGGAGAAAUGCGAGAAGGAGAGGGCGGUUGAGGCAGUGAUGAGGGAGAGGGAUUUGGCGGAGAGGAAGCGUGGGGAGAUGGAGGGUGUGGUUGCGGAUUUGAGGAGGGAGAUUGGGAGGAUUGUGAGGGAGAAGGAGGCGAUUGAUGCGGCGAGGAGCGGGCGGGAAGUGGCGGUUUUGAGGUUGGAGAAAGAGGUGGGGGAGUUGAAGAAGGUGGGAUUGAGUUUGAGGGCAGAGAAGGAGGGGUUGGAGAAGAGGGUUUUGGAGCUGGAGGAGAGUGUUGGUGAGGCUGCGGCGAAGGAAAAGGAGAUGGAGGGGGAGAUUAGGGCAUUGGUGAGAGAGAAGAAGGAGAAGGAGGAUAGUGUGGAGAGGUUGAAUGAGGAAGUGCAAUCGCAGAAGGCGAUUUUGGAUAUGGUUACUGUGGAAUUGGAGAGCAAAGAGCAGAAGAUCAAGGAAAUUACUCAAAAGAAGAAUGAGAUUGAGGAGGCAAAGGCCGACCGCGAUGGUGAAGUUGCUGACUUGAGUAGACAAGUGGCUGAGCAAAGAGAUGUUAUAUUUACUCUGCGGAAUUCUCGCAAUGAGUUAGAGGGGAAGAGAGCACAGUUGUUGUCUGAAGUUAGUAAAUAUGAAGAUGCCCUGGAGGUUGUAAAGAAAGAGAGGUCUGAGGUUCUGAAAAAUUUGGCUGAGCAGAUAAAGAUGGUGGAGGACUUGAAACUAACUGUUUCCGAAAGGGAGGAGAAGGUUAAAGAAGUUGAGCGAUUAUCGGCUAAACUGAGGAGUGAGAUUGAUAAAAUUACUGAGAUGAAUAAAGUGAUGGAGAGUCGCAUAGAAUCAUUAUCAAAAGAAAAGGAAAUCAUGCAGAAGAGCCUUUCUGAUGCUCAAAGGGAAAUCCAUGAUUGGAAGGUUAAAUAUGAAGCAGCUGGGAGGAGCUCGAAGCAAGCAUUGACUAUGUUGAAGAACACUGCAGCAUUCCUAGCUUCUCAUUCUGAAGGGAAGAAGGGAGUGGCUAUCAAGGAGAAGAACCUUGGAGAAGAAGUUCAGCCAUAUGCCGUGGCGUUGGAUGCCAUACAGAAUGCUUUCAGAAACAAUGAGAAGAUGGUGGAAGAGCUGACGCAACAAGUGGAGUCUCUGCACGCCGUGGCUCAGGCACAGAAGAGAAAGAAUACUUUCUGGACUUUGGUGUCAUCGGCAACAACCAUAAUUGCUGCAGCUUCUGUUGCAUAUGCUGCUAAAGGUCGCUGAUCGGCUAAAUUGGGUCAGUAUGCUUUCAUCAUUCCAGUACUUGCAUCGUUUUGAGACAAAAACAACUUCAACAACAGGUGCCACAAUCCAUUGAUGAAAUAUGAAAUCAGGACGAUUAUCUCUGCACAAUUCGACAUAUGCUUCAACUGGAGUAGCUCUCUUGCUAGUUACAAAAUCCAUACCCAGAAACAAGCUGGAUGCCCUUUUCUCAAACAGAGAUGAACUGAAAUGUAGAAAUCUGAUUGAGACCUAGUUCAGCCCCAACACCAGAAAUCUGUUAGAACUCGCAGUUGAGUAGAAGUAAAAUUAGAUUUGUAUUUAAGUUAAACAGAGGA